GAUGAGUGGAGUAUAUAUAGAUAUAUGGACCGAGGUCUGUCAUAUGUUUGUAUCGCGUACCGAUAUCCUCUGGUGGUUUUAAUAAUAUCUUAUCUGCCUAGUGCCGAGGAGUGGGUGCUAAAUCUGUAACCCAGGUAUGGACCUGUUAUAAUAACCAGGAAUAGCACCUUCCCGCGGAGUGGGAUUCUUCCAGUCUAUGGAUUUCUGCAGACAAUGCUCGUUUUUGUGAAGCGUAGCUACAUGUGUCUUCAAUGAACAAAUAAGUAUAUCUGAUAGAAUAUUUUCUUAAAAUGCUAUUUGUUUUUAAUCUGAACACAAAAACAGGAUAUAUUCGUAACGAUUGACUGUUUUACUGAAGGUGAACUAUUUCCGCAGCCUUAGUGAUGGAUUAAGUGUAUAUACCACGUUACAUUAACACAGAGUUCGCCACACAUUAUACACUGUGCUGUGGGGACAAGUCCUGCAUACUAAAUUCAUCAUAAUGUUUAGCUCUUUAAAGGUGAGAGCUAAAAUAACAGAGAAAGAUCCGGUGUUCAAAGUCCGGUACAUCGGAUGCACGGAAACAUUCGUAGCAACAGGGAAAGGAUGUACCAAUAUACCUGUCCAGAAAUUAUGGGACAAUGCCGGGGAGGAAAAAACUCUGAAACGUACAACCAUUCAGAUAAAUACUAGUGGUAUCCUCAUGGCAGACAUGGACAGGAAAGGUAAAGGUGCACAUGACACACUAUUUAACAUAGAGAACAUAUCAUUCUGUAAUGCUGACUGUGUUCUAAAUGAGCGAAUAUUCACGUGGAUUUGUAAAGAUGACUCGUCCCCUAGUCUCAUCUGUCACGCUGUGUUGUGUAGCAGUAAGGAAAAGGCCAAGGCCAUGGCGUUAGUAUUGUCGCGUGCUUUUCAGAUAGCUUACAAAGAGUGGCAAAUGAGCAAAACAAAAGUCACCAGAGAAAGCAGAAAACAACAAACAAAGGAAAUCGAAAAAGCUGCGGAAUCGUCCAUUCCUAAAAAGCAGUAUAAAAAUUAUAAUGCGACCGAUAAAAAUCACACAACAGUUGCUCCUACAAGUAGUUAUGCGAGUUCGAACGGUUCUACCGGAAGUACAGACACCAGGAGGGAUUCCGAAUGCCAAACUGAACAAAUAUCUGAAAGUGAAGAUGCCAACAAUGAUUCAAUAUAUGAGGUUCCGAAAGAAGUUGUAGAUAAAUCAGAUUCAACACAAUCAAAUGGACCUUUUUCCGGAAGUGCGGCCAUAUUGGAUCCAGAUAUUGAAAACGACCUUUCGAAAGACAUUUCUGUACAAGCAGUUAUCGAUGGGGACGAGACGGAUUCUAUGUCUAGUGGGAGUAAAUAAGGCAAAUUCGCAUGCGAAAACACGUUUGUUCUCGAAAUAUAUGUAAGUAAAUUGUAUAUGAAAAUAA